AUGGUACAAGUGGAAAGCAAGGCCACCAUCCAACAUGUCGAGAAGAUCGAAUCCGACCCUCCCCUUAUGAAAGGCAAAACCUCUCUUCUAGCAGAUAUCAAGCAAUCGCCGAAGGUUGCCGGAUAUUGUCUGGCCCUCACGUCAGGCAUCAUACUGUACGGCUAUGACUUGGCCAUUGUGUCCAACGUCUCCUCCAUGCCAGAGUUUCAGCGCGACUUCGGUCGCAAACUUAACGGCCAUUUAAUCAUUCCGUCCCUCUGGCUGGGUCUCUGGAACGUCGCGAACCCUAUCGGAGGCUUAUUCGGUGCCCUCAUCGGAGGCUACGUGCAAGACCGCCUAGGCCGUCGCUCUUCCCUGGCGCUCGCAAGCAUCGUAUCGGCGAUAGGCGUUGCAAUCGCCUAUGUAUCGAACCUCCCAGCUGGGAUCGAUGGCCGGCGAUCGGUCUUCUUCGUGGCCAAGCUCAUUCAGGGCUACGCUGUCAAUAUGCUAAUGUGCACAGCACAAACAUACAUGUCAGAGAUCUUAACUGCCACACUGCGCGGACCAAUCCUAGCAUUCUUCCCUCUCUUCACGCUACUAGGCCAGCUCUUCGGCAGCGUCGUCGUCUUCACAUCUGUAAAGGAGAAAGGCCCCAGCGGCUACCUGAAAUGCUUCAUCUCAGAAUGGCCCUUCUCAGCUCUCCCCCUUCUCGUCUCCAUUUUCCUCCCAGAGAGCCCUACCUGGCUCAUCCGGCGAAACCGAAUAGAUGCAGCCCGAAAAGCGCAGCGCCGACUUGAUUCCUCAAACGUAGACUCAGACGCAUCCCUCGAGAAACUGCGCUCAUCCAUCCGCCACGAAGACGAAGAAGCCCAAAACCACGCAGCCACCUACCUCGAGUGCUUCCGAGGCAACAACCGACGCCGGACAAUGAUCGUGCUAUUCGCUAGUAUGAUCCCCCAGCUCUUCGGUCUAACCCUCAUCGCAAAGUCCAGCUAUUUCCUUCAGAUCGUCGGCAUGGAGGCAACCGCCAGCCUCAUGUUUCUGGAGGUAGGCAUCGCGCUUGGCCUGGUCGCUAACAUUGUCAGCAUGUGGACCUUAUCCCGGUUCAAUCGCGUGCCGCUUAUACUGUUCGGUUUGGCUACCUCAACGUUUCUGUGGACUGGCAUGGGCAUCUUAGGCUUUUUCAAAGGCACUGUUACCAUCUGGUGGUCCGCCGUCACAAUGAUGCUUGUGACCAGCCUCUGCGGCGCAACAGCCUGGCCCGCGUCCUAUGCCGUGGGCGCCGAAGCAUCUGCGCUCCGGCUGCGGGCCAAAUCACAGGGCUUGGGGUGGGUGUUGAGCGGGUUUUCGAACGGGGUCUUCGGUCUUGUCUUGCCGUAUAUUUUCAAUCCUGACCAGGGUGAUCUACGCGGGAAGACGGGGUUCGUGUAUACUGGUUUGGGUCUCCUGUCGCUGGCGGCGACGUGGUACAUCGUGCCUGAGAUGAAGGACCGAACGCCGAUUGAAAUUGAUCGGAUGUUUGAAUUGCACCUUCCUGUGCGGGAUUUUAAGACUUGGACGUUAAGCAAUGAGAGAGCCUCGGGUUCUUCGGAUGGUCAGCCUGCGACUCCUGUGUAG